UGCUGACUGCAGGCUGGGAGAUAGCAGUGGUGGAUAGCAGAUAGUGGCAGAUAGCUGCUACAGUUGUCAGUCUGAGAAAUGAUACGUCAAUUUAACGGUAAAUAGCAAAAACAUAUUUAUUAUGCAAUGGCCGAUAGUUUAGCAAAAGUGUUUGCAACCGAAGAUUUUAAUCCAGACAAAUUUGUGAAAGAAUUGAGCGCACAAUGCGUCGGUGCCGACGAAUUGAGGCAACAACGAGUAAAGAUUCAAGAGCUUUCGAACAAUACUUCUGCCCAACUAAAACGUAACGUUUAUCAAAAUUACAUGCAGUUCAUAGAAACAGCCAAAGAAAUCUCGCAUCUAGAAAGCGAAAUGUAUCAGUUGUCACAAUUGUUAAGCGAACAGCGUUCUUUGUUAAGUACAUUAGGGUCCACCAGGACUACGGGUGUUAUUUUUGAGGAUUUGUCAGACUCUCAAGAAGAAGGUGCCAAUGAAUUUGCAUCCAAGGAAGAGGAACAAAAAGAAAAACUAAUGCAAUUGCUUGAAACUGUCGAAGGUGCGAUGAGUUUAGCGGAAACACCUGGACGUAUGUGUUUGCACGAAGGUUCUUUACUCGAAUUGGAUCCAUUGGAAGGAACACCGCUAAAAAGGAUCCAUGCGUAUUUGUUUAAUGACAUUUUAAUGAUCGCUUCUUGGUUGGCGAAUGGCAACAAAAGAGGACCACCCAGAUACAAAAUGCAAGCGGUUUAUAAUCUUGAAAGUCUAGCUGUGGUUAACGUAAGGGAUCUAGGAACGGUGAAACUGGCGUUUAAGCUUUUAGCAUUUUCCGAUACAAGAGUAUUUCAAUGCGCGACCGCAACGAGUAAAAAAGAGUGGCUGGAUAAAUGCGAGCAAGCAAAGAAAAUGAAACUGACCGAAGAUAAUCCAAGCGUAGAUGCCCGAUGCACCGAUGAAAGAUCCAAAGAGGAGAAAAUAGCACCAUCUCGGUCGAUGUCGCUCGAUUCGAAUACCCUGGGUAUGGAUGACGUAGACUCGGAAUUGUACGAACCACCGCCCGAAUGGAUGUUAGAAGUUGCAGAAGACUUGGAUUCCUGCAUAGCUCAACGACAUUUCGAAGAAGCUUACAGUCUGUUGGAGAAAGCAAAAGCGUAUUUAAAGGAUGCACAGACAACCUCGGUUUUACUCGAUAUACAAUCCAAAGUAAACGACAGGGGACGUUCUCUGGUCGAUGUAUUAACGAAAGAACUUGAAUUAAGCGCUGAAGCGAAAUCGCUUCAAGGCGGUGGUUUAAGAAGCGCACGACGCGUAGUGAAGCUGUUGAUACAACUAAACAGAAGCGCCCAAGCCUGUCAAUUGUAUUUGCGGUUGUGCAGCGCCGUGCUAAAGGCACGUUUAAAAAGAGUGAAAAGAGAAGGAGCUGUUGCACCUUACGCGAAGCAACUUAGUGCGAUAGCCUUUAGCAACAUUGUGGAAAUUGCUAAAGAAUUUCUGAAACUUUUCCCACAAUCUACAAAUUGUAUAUCUGGUUUGGUGGUGUGGUGUAGUCAAGAAGUUAAACACCUGACGACGCAGUUGAUUAAACAACUUUUUGUUCCUCAAGUGUCGUUGAGCACGUUGGUAGAGUGUAUAGUUUCCGUUCGAAGUCACUGCGAUCAGUUGACGCAACUUGGAAUGGAUUUUCGGUAUCAAUUAGACGGUCAACUAAGAUCACCGUUGACCAAAGCUAUACAAGAUUCUGGCGAAAAAUACGUUGACACAGCGAAAGUACAUAUAGCCGAAGACACUUGGCGACCGACCAAUUUAGAAACGAACAAAAAUGUUGAGAAAUUAUUAUCCGAACUGGACGAUCUCGGUAUAACUGUGCCAUCGUCUUACCUAACGAACGACCAUUGGAUAACAUUAACCGAAAAUACAUUAGCUUUCUCGAAACUUUACAUCAGUCUCUUAGAAGACUGCCUAAACGUUGCUACGCCGGAACUCAUGGCUACGAUCGACGGAGUUUUAGUAUCUGUGAUGCGAGCCCAAGUGCAGUAUAUUAUUGUGUCACUUACAAAUCCGAAAUUAAAACAAGAGAAGCAGCUGGUUCACGAUAAUGCAGCUUACAUUCGAGACGUUAUAAUUGUGCGAGGACUAGAGCUAUAUAAAUCGACGACAAAUCAAAUCUUCAAGAAGUUACUGGCUUUAAAAGAGCAAAUUGUAUUCGACGCCUUAUCUCCAACAAAACCCAAACCUGCUCCUAGAACUUCGGUACCAAAAUAUUUGACUACGGAAUAUAUUUAACUAUACAAAUAUAUAUGUACAUAAUGACAUGAGAAAGAAAAUAGUGAAACUGUAAGAAAAAUAUAGAACAUUUCAUUGAUUCGCUGGGCACAACGAAUGUAUUAUAUUUUGUGUAUAUAAGUCGAUUUGUUUUACCUUUUGGUAAAUAUACAUGUACUAAGUUGAAAAAAAAACAACUUCUUUGUCGUUUCUUCUUACAGGUACUUAUAUAAUACUAACUUGAAAUAAAUGAAACGGUUGAAUGAACAACUGAAUGGAAACACACGAUAUAUCUUGCAAA